AUGGCAAAACAAGUGCUCGACCUGUAUGAGCUCUAUCGAUUGGUUGUACAGCAUGGUGGUCUGGUGGAAAUUAUCAACAAAAAACUGUGGCGAGAAAUCACCAAAGGUCUCAAUUUACCAUCAUCCAUCACGUCGGCUGCGUUCACUUUGAGGACACAGUACCAGAAAUACUUGUAUGAUUAUGAGUGCGAAAAAGAAGGGCUUAGUACGGCUUCGGAUUUACAGCAAGCAAUUGAUGGAAAUAGGCGUGAAGGGAGGCGGAAUACCUCUGCCUCCUCUAAUUAUCCACAGGUCGGGUAUUCGGUCGCUGCCCAACACAAUUCAUCAUCGCUGCUCAACAAGCACAUCAAUGGUACCAUAAGUUUGCGAAACGGUUUGGACGAUGAUGCAGGUCUAGGGCCAUCUUCACAGCAAGCUGCCCUUGUAGCCGCUUACCGGGUCGAACAGCUUGCUGCUUUGGAAGCCCAGCAAAGGCAGUUUGAACGAGCGCAAAGGGCUGCUGUAGAAGCAGUGACCCGGCAUUCUGCACAUGUCAGCAACAACAACAGCAGUAAUUGCAACAACAAUAACAAUAACGUUAAUAACAGCACAGGAAGUAGCAUGAGCCUUUAUCAGCACCAAUCGGGUCGCGAAUCAACUUCAUCCACCGAUUCCGAUGGUGUGUCGCCUGCCAAACGGGCCCGAACAAGUUCCUCCACAAACGUGGCUGCAAGUGGCGGAAGUGCGUCUGCCAACGCUGCUGCAGCUGCUGUUGCUGCCGCUGCAGCGGUUGCUGCGCUGAACGAUGAAAAUGGGCUUAGCAAUAAUUUAUUAUCAAAUUUGGCCACUGAACGUCUGUUUGGAGCGAAUUCUCUUGUGGUUUCGAUGGAAAUCAAUGGUACCAUGUAUCAGGGUGUGUUAUUUGCGCUUGGUGGCUGUGGAGCGGGUGGUGUGAACAAUUCGCAGAAUCCGUUUCACGGGGCUACCGACGCAGCUGCACUGGCCGCUACGGGCUUAAAUCUAGCCACGACACUCAAGAAUCAAUUAUAG